UACAGGCUUACCAUUCCACAUUAAUGGAAUCUGACACCAAGCUAACAGGAAACAUGGCAUUGCUGCCAAUUAGAAGCCAGUUUAAAGGACCUGCCCCUAGAGAAACCAAAGACACUGAUAUAAUUGAUGAAGCUAUUUAUUAUUUCAAGGCAAAUGUUUUCUUCAAAAAAAUUAUGAAAUUAAGAAUGAAGCCGACCGCACAUUAAUAUAUAUAACUCUGUACAUUUCUGAAUGCUUAAAAAAGUUGCAAAAGUGCACUUCUAAAGGCCAAGGAGAAAAGGAAAUGUACACCCUGGGAAUUACAAAUUUCCCUAUCCCUGGAGAACCAGGGUUCCCCCUGAAUGCCAUGUACAUAAAGCCUUCCAACAAGCAGGAAGAUGAGGUGAUGCGGGCCUAUUUGCAGCAGCUGAGGCAGGAGACAGGACUGAGGCUGUGCGAGAAGGUGUUUGACCCUCAGACAGACAAGCCCAGCAAGUGGUGGAUGUGCUUUGUGAAGAAACAGUUCAUGAACAAAUCCCUGUCUGGUCCUGGGCAGUAA